CAAAUCCCAAAUGCCCUAAUAAGUAAUAAUCCUCUGACCUCUCUCUCUCUCUCUCUCUCUGCCGGUUUUUCAGAUCCGCCACUCAAACUCCAAAAAGGCGAAGAUAGCAAGAACGAGAAAAGCAAAGAGAGAACAAGAAAAAAAAGUAGAAAAACUGUUUCCUUUGUUCUUGUUAAACCCUCAUUCGAUCUCUUACCAGAAUCGAAAUUCACCCAGAAAUUCGAAAUUUCGUCUGGUGAAGCUGGGCGUUUAGGUAUGAGUGGCGGAGAUCUUCUCAGUAUUCAACCUUCCGAGCUCAAAUUUCCAUUCGAAUUGAAGAAGCAGAGUUCAUGUUCUCUGCAAUUGACUAACAAAACCGAACAGUAUGUUGCCUUCAAGGUUAAAACAACUAACCCGAAGAAAUAUUGCGUGCGUCCCAAUACGGGAAUUGUCUUGCCUGGGACAACAUGUGAUGUCACAGUGACAAUGCAAGCCCAAAAGGAAGCCCCACCUGAUAUGCAAUGUAAGGAUAAAUUCCUUCUUCAGAGCGUUGCCGCCCCUAAUGGUGCAACUACAAAGGACAUAACACCAGAGAUGUUCAAUAAAGAGGCUGGGAAAGUUGUGGAGGAGUUUAAAUUGAGGGUGGUUUAUAUUCCCGCUAAUCCCCCCUCACCGGUACCUGAAGGAUCUGAAGAAGGAUCUUCCCCAAGGGCAUCUGUCCUAGAGAAUGGAAACCAAAACACUGAGGAUUCCAAAGAGAGAUCUUCAGAGGCAUUAACUUUGAUUUCCAAGUUGACCGAGGAGAAAUCAUCUGCUCUUCAACAAAAUCAGAAACUCCGUCAAGAAAUGGAGUUGAUGAGAAAAGAAAUUAGCAAAAGUCAUGCUGGUGGCUUCUCCUUCCUGUUUGUUGUGCUGGUUGGUCUCCUGGGUGUGCUGGUUGGAUAUCUUAUCAAUAAGACAUAGGAUGCCAUCGUGCAAUUAGUUCAAAUUACAAGGAAUGCAUGGCCGCAUCCUUACAUCAAUGUUUAGUUGAUUAGGUGUUCUCAGAACUUUUUAUGAAUAUAUAUUUUCCAAGUAGUUGUAAAAAAGAUGUCUUGUUCAUCAUUGCCUUUUGGGUUCCAAUUUAUUACAUUGAAAGGACGUAUUUUUGCUGA